AUUUGCACCAUCAACACAAGAGAUGUUUGCUCGAUCAUGCGGGGUCGUGCGCAGGACUGCGGCAUCGUCGUUGAUGCUCCGUCUGAACUCGACGAAAGCGAAUGUUCAUCCUCCCGUCGGAGAUUCGUCCGGUGGCUCCAAGUUGUGGCUGAAGUACAAGAAGUACUUGGAAGCGUACCCGCUGACGACCAAGUGCUUGACGUCAGCUGGGAUCGCCGGCACGGGCGAUGUGCUGUGCCAAGUGGCAUUUGAAUCGAAACCGUUCGAUGUUCGGCGAUUCGCGACAUUCACUGCCUUGGGGGGCGUCUUCAUCGCGCCCACGUUGCAUGUCUGGUAUGGAUUCCUGAACCGUGUCGUGGCAGGAACUGCCGCCACCGCCGUGGCCACUCGGCUGGUGCUGGAUCAGUUUGUGUUUGCCCCUUCGUUCUUAGCGUCAUUCUUUGGGGUGCUGCUGGUCGUCUCGCCUAAUCCAGAUGGAUCCACAUCUUCGUUGUCGACACGAUUGCAAGAUAAAUUGAGUCGCGAUUGGUGGUCUGCUGUGCAAACGAACUGGGUGGUGUGGAUUCCUGCGCAAUUGCUCAACUUUGCCCUCGUUCCCCCGCCCCUACAAGUGCUAUUUUCCAAUGUUGUUGGCCUUUUCUGGAACGCGUACAUGUCGUACAUUAGCUACAAACCUAUCGACGACGACGCGAUUCCGAUCGAAGUCAAGUGAUAACUUUGAGAAUUAGCAUCCAAAUCAAAGGAAAAUUAUCUUACUUUGAGGUAUUAUUAAUAACAGUAAAAUAAAGGCCAUUUGAUUGGAAUUAUGAUCCAAUCAAAUGGACUGAAAGUUGUCCAGCC